CUUGGUACGAUUUGAAUAAUCAUUUCAAUUUCGUAGAAAGGUCAUUGAAACCAUUAACGAUGCAUUGCUGAUUGACAGUUCUCUACGAAAAGAACUCUCCGAAAAAACGCGCAUUGUCCGAAAAUUAAGAAAAGAUUAAAGCAUACAAAAUCAUUCGCGGCAAGGUAUCAACCAAUAAGAUUCAUCGGACCUUGAGUUUCCCUCACCUUCAGGUAUACAACGAAAGUAUGACCGACUAAACAGUGUUAGUGAGAUUAAACACUUUGGGUUGGUUCUCGCUUGUCCCGCGUGCAUAGUAAAUGUAAAUGACAUUUAAAAAAACAAGGCACUAUGCCUCGAAAAUUGUUAAAAUUUCUUAUAUUGUUCGAUAAUACGUCGUUACUUUAUUUCCCCGGGCAGUUCUUAUCGGGACGAGUACUUAUUGAACUUCAAGAUGACACACCUGCACUUGGUCUACACUUCCACGUGGUUGGAGAAGGUGUGGUCAGAGUCCGCACACCUCGCCAAGAACGAGUUUACGACAGAGAAUACUACAUAGAUUUUAGAAUGAGAUUACUUGGUGAACCUGGUCAGGGGCCAUCUGUACUAUCUCCAGGAAUUCACAGUUUUCCCUUUAAAUUAGGUUUGCCACUAGGUCUUCCUUCAACAUUCUUGGGUAAACAUGGCUGGGUACAGUAUUACUGUAAAACAGCCUUGAGAGAACCAAAUGGUCUUACUCACAAAAACCAACAGGUUUUCAUAGUGAUGAACCCAAUUGAUUUGAAUUUAGAACCCGCUGUUUUAGGAACUGUUUCGGGACAGCAAGCCUUCAAAUGUGAAGUUGAACACAAGUUUGGAGUCGUAUGCGUUGGAUCUGGAGCUGUGGUCUGUAAAGUUACCUUGAACAGGGGAGGAUAUGUGCCAGGAGAAAGUAUAGGUGUAACCGCUAGCGUCUAUAAUAGAAGUAGGGUCACAAUAAAAAGUACAAAAGCUGCCCUAACGGAGACAAUUACAUACUUGUCAAGAGGCAAAGUUGUACAAUGUGAAAAGAGAGAGCUAGCUUCACUAACAAGGGGUAAAAUAAGACCAGGGGAGAAGGACGAAUGGGUAAACGAGCAAUUGUACAUCCCACCUUUACCACCUACGAACCUUAGGGGCUGUCAUCUUAUCAAAAUAGACUAUGACGUAUUUUUCAUUGUUGAGCCAAAAAGCUUGCAGAAAGAGGUGAAACUUCAGCUACCGAUAGUAAUGGCAACUUAUCCUCUACGGUCCGAAGAUGAUAAUGCUGCCUAUAAGCCUGGAACCCACUAUCCCUCAACCUUACCCAUUUUCAGACCUUGGCUUGAAGAUAAACCAAUUCAAGAGUAACAAUAUUUUAGAUUCUCAUAUUUUUAACACUAAACGCGCAUUUUGCUCAUAAUGACGUGAGUAGUCGUCCGUAUUUUCGGACAGUCCAGAACAUGUGACAUCGAAUUGUAUAAUGCUGAUCAUAUGAUACAAUAUGGUAAUAAUAUGCUUGUUAGUAGUGGAAAAAGUUCUAAACAUACUCCGAUAGGGAAGGCGUUCAUAUCCUGGUUCGCCUUUCGUACUAGGUAUGUAAUAUACUACUGAAUACGUCAUUAUUAAGAAACAGCGAUUAUGACGUAUAAAAUGGAACAGGUCAAAACUUAUUACUAUUCUCAAAGAUGUUACCUUAUAGGAGGUUGUUAAGAACUUUUCCAGAGUCGUUGCUGAACUUUCAUACACUUUGAACUUCAACGAAUUGUCGAAGUAUAAGCUGGAAAAUGCUUAUAACUUUAUAAUUAUAUCUUCAAACUGUAUCUAUUACCUAUCAAGAGAAUUGGGCCUUGUAGAUGUUCACUGUACCAUAUAGUCACCAUGAAUCGGUAACUGAACAUGUCAGAGGUUUUGAUACUAAACAUGACUAUUGUUAUAUGUAAUGAAGUAUGAAGGUGCUAUAAGAGUUGCUAAUGCAAGAGUAAAGAACUGCCAUAUUUUAAUAGGUUAUAAGUGAUUCUGUAAAUAUACUAAGAUUUUUAUUAAUAAAACCUGCAAGAAGUUA